AUGGCGGCGAUCGACGACGGCUUCGAGGCCCUCCUGGAGCCAUUUUACAACGGCAAGAAGCUAACGGACCCAAUCUCGACCAAGGAAGACAAAUUUCAGCUCUUGCCCGCCUUCCUCAAGGUCAAAGGUCUUGUAAAACAGCACAUCGAUUCCUACAAUUUCUUUGUCGAGCAUGAGAUCAAGGAUAUCGUCCGCGCAAACCGCACGAUUCGCAGCGAUGUCGAUAGCAAUUUCUGGCUAGAAUUUACAGACAUUCGCGUCGACCACCCCCAACGACAAGACUACAAAGAGGCCAAGUCCUCUACCGAUGUGACGCCUAUGGAAUGUCGGCUACGAGAUAUGACCUACGCUGCUCCAAUUCUUGUCGACAUUGUAUACAUUCGUGACAAGCAAAAGAUCAUCAGACGAAAUGUUUCCCUCGGCCGAAUGCCUGUCAUGCUUCGCAGCUCCAAGUGCCGACUGUCUGGCGCCAAUAAUGCCCAAAUGGAAAAGAUGAACGAGUGCCCGCUCGAUCCUGGCGGUUACUUCAUCAUCAACGGUACCGAAAAGGUGAUUCUUAUUCAAGAACAGCUGAGCAAGAACCGAGUCAUUGUCGAGGCCGACGAAAAGAACCACAUUAUUUCCGCUUCCGUCACGAGCUCUACACAUGAGAGAAAAUCCAAGACAAACGUCACUUUAAAAAAGGACAGAAUUGUUCUGAUGCACAAUGUCCUGGUCGAGGGUGUCCCCAUUGUCAUUGUGCUCAAGGCUCUGGGUGGACUUUCCGACUACGAAAUUAUGCAGCUCGUUGCUGGUGCCGACGGUCGCUACCAAGACGAAUUUCUCAUCAACUUUGACGAAGCGACGAAAGCUGGUGUCUUUACUCAACACCAAGCCCUCGAGUAUAUCGGUUCCAGAGUCAAGAUGGGUUCGCGUAGAGGCCAAUUCGGCCCUCAGGUUCGCCGAAACAAUGUCGAAGAGGGCCUCGACGCCCUUGCGAACUUGAUCAUCGCACACGUUCCUAUUGAGGGUCUAGACUUUUACCCCAAAGCCAUCUAUGUUGCUAUGAUGACACGCAAAGUUCUUAUGGCUGCCCAAGAUAGCAAGCUCGUUGAUGACAGAGAUUUUGUCGGAAACAAGCGACUCGAGCUUGCUGGUCAGCUUCUGUCUCUGCUCUUUGAAGAUCUGUUCAAACGAUUCAUGGUCGAAGUCAAGAUGUCCAUCGACAAAUUCCUGAAGAAAAACAACAGAGCUGUCCCUCUAGAUGCUGUCAACAUGAUUAGCAACCAUGCAAACAACAUUGGCAUGGGAAUCAACAGAGCUAUCCAGACGGGUAACUGGAGCGUGAAGCGUUUCAACAUGAAUCGUGCCGGUGUGACGCACGUUCUCAGUCGUCUGAGUUAUAUUGCAGCUCUUGGUAUGAUGACUCGUAUCAGCAGUCAGUUCGAAAAGACCAGAAAGGUCUCCGGCCCUCGUGCCUUGCAACCCUCUCAGUGGGGUAUGCUUUGUCCCUCGGAUACUCCCGAAGGUGAAGCGUGCGGCCUCGUCAAGAACCUGGCUCUUAUGACCCAUAUUACGACCAAUGUCGACGAAGAUCCUGUCAAGAGAUGGGUCUUCACUCUUGAUGUUGGCGUUGAGCCUAUUCGCAACUUCUCCGGCGCAGAGAUGCACCGCGAAGGCUCGUAUAUCAUUCACAUUAACGGUACGCCAUUUGCUCUUACCAGAUAUCCUAAGAGGUUCUGUUCAAGGUUCCGAACUAUGCGCCGGCGUGGCUGGAUCUCGCCGUUUGUCAGUAUCAGCAUCAAUCUGCAUUUCAACGCCGUACACAUUGCCACCGACGAAGGGCGAAUUUGCAGACCAUAUAUCAUUGUUAAGAAUGGUGUGCAAAAGCUGAAGCCAGAACAUCUUCGCCUCCUCCAACUCGGCAAAGUCACAUUUGACGAUUUCUUGCGAAACGGUGUCGUCGAAUACCUUGACGUCAACGAGGAACAAGAUGCCUUGGUCACAAUUUACGAGGACAAGGUUACCAUGGGUACCACGCAUUUGGAAAUUGAACCAUUCACAAUUCUCGGUGCUGUGGCUGGCCUCAUUCCGUUUCCCCACCACAACCAGUCGCCACGUAACACUUACCAGUGUGCAAUGGGUAAACAAGCUAUUGGUGCCAUUGCAUACAACCAGUUCAACCGUAUCGACACACUUCUAUACACACUGGUGUACCCUCAACGGCCAAUGGUCAUCAGCAAGACUAUCCAACUGGUCAACUACGACAAGUUGCCAGCUGGUCAAAACGCAACUGUCGUUGUCAUGUCAUACUCUGGUUACGAUAUUGAAGAUGCCCUCGUCCUGAACAAGGGCUCUAUUGACCGAGGAUUUGGCCGUUGCCAAGUGUUUCGCAAAUACACCACCGAGUUGCAAAAGUACCCCAAUGGUCGUAGAGAACGCAUCGGUGAUCCUGUCAACGAAGGCGACGGCGACCAGCGAAAGCGCAGCGAGAAGCACAAGGCCCUCGAUGACGAUGGCCUUGCCAUGGUGGGCGGCAGAGUCUUCUCUGGCCAGUCCAUGAUCAAGAAGGAGACGCCUCUCGAUCUCACCACAACGGGCAUUGGCUUGGAUCGCGGAUCUAGCGACUUCCGCGACUCUGCUGUCAACUACCGCAUUCCCGAUCCCGCCUACAUUGACAAAGUUAUGAUUUCACAUACGGAGAAAGAUACCACCGUCGUCAAGGUCCAAACGAGACAGACCCGACGACCCGAGCUUGGCGACAAGUUUUCUUCUCGCCACGGUCAAAAGGGUGUCGUGGGUAUCAUUGUCGACCACGAAGACAUGCCUUUUGCCGACAAUGGUCUCACGCCCGACAUCAUCAUGAACCCCCACGGUUUUCCCUCUCGAAUGACUGUCGGCAAGCUCCUCGAAUGUCUGACAGGCAAAGCCUCCAUCGUCCACGGCCGUCCUGACUACGGCUUCGGCGACGCCUUCCGCUCACACCCGCUCGAGGAGAUGAGCCAAGUCCUCCUGGACCACGGCUUCUCGUGGGAGGGCAAGGACUACUUCACCUCGGGUCUGACCGGCGAGCCGCUUGAGGCGUACAUUUUCAACGGCCCCAUCUACUACCAGCGUCUCAAGCACAUGGUCCAGGACAAGAUGCACUCGCGUGCUCGUGGCCCCCGUGCCAUCCUCACCCGCCAACCCACCGAAGGUCGUUCGCGCGACGGUGGUCUACGUCUCGGCGAAAUGGAGCGUGAUUGUCUGAUUGCCUACGGCGCCUCGCAGCUGCUGCUCGAGCGCCUCAUGAUCAGCUCCGACGGCGUCGUCAUUGACAUUUGCCAGCAGUGCGGCCUCUUUGGCUACAAGGGCUACUGCCAGACGUGCAAGAGCACGCGCGAGGUCACCAAGAUGACGAUGCCUUACGCAGCCAAACUCCUGGUCCAGGAGCUAAUCAGCAUGAACGUCGGUGUACGGCUGCAGCUGGCGGACGAAUUCCCGCAUCCCAAGUAA